AGGGACUUCAGUCAAAUGAAAGUGAAAGCAAACAGCCUGCAUAAGAAAGAAGUGUCUUCCAGGCCCCGGUGGGUACGACCAAAGCUCCUCAAAGUGCAAGCAAGAUUUCAGUUAUUGGGGACUCUGCCAACGUGUGCCCAGCUCUGAAGGUUCACCUCUUGCCAACUGGACCCCAGACUAUGUCGGCUCUCCAGGCCCUUCAGGAGGAACAGGCCAGACUAAAGAUAAGGCUGCAGGAGCUGCAGGAGCUGCAGAGGAAUCUCAGGGACUGCCCCCAAGACAAGGUCCCAUUCCCUGUGCCCGAGUCCCCCCUGGUGUUCCGAGGACACUUUCAGGAGGGCAAGGCAACGGCCAAGUCUGUGGUUUCCCAUGUGCGGAUUUGUUACCCUCUGCCUGGAGGCUCUGCUCUGGUGACCUUUGAUGACCCCAAUGUGGCCAAGCAGGUGCUGCAGCAAAAGGAGCAUCAGAUCAACGUGGAAGGGUUCCGGCUGAGGGUUCAAGUCCAGCCCCUGGAGCUACCCGUGCUGACCAGCAUCCAGGUGUCCAGCCGGAAGAAUGACCAGAGAGUGCUGGUCAGUGGGUUUCCUGCCGAGCUCAAGCUAAGUGAGGAGGAGCUGCUGGACAAGCUGGAGAUCUUCUUUGGCAAGACCAAGAAUGGAGGUGGUGACGUGGAGAUGAGGGAACUGCUGCAAGGGGGUGUCAUGCUGGGCUUUACUGAGGAUGGAGUGGCCCAGCACCUGUGCCAGAUGGGCCAGUUCACAGUGCCACUGGGUAAGCAGCAGUCCUGUCUGACAGUCUCUCCCUACAUGAGCGGGAAGAUCCAGAAGGCCGAGGUCAGGCCCCAGCCUGUGCCCCAGUCCGUGCUGGUGCUCAACAUUCCCGAUGUCCUGGACAGCCCAGAGCUACAAGACAUCCUGGAGAUCCACUUCCAGAAACCCACCCGUGGAGGUGGGGAGGUAGAAGCUGUGACAGUCGUGCCCCCGGGACAGCGGGGCCUGGCAGUCUUCACUUCGAAGUCAGGCUAGGAGCCCGCCCUACUCAUCAAGCCCACCUCUCUGCCAAGGCUCUUAAACCAGGUUGGGGCUGGAGGCAUGUACAGGAGAAAGUGAUGACGCUGGUCAACGAAGGGAGGUAUUAUGAGCGAUGAAAUGCUGCCCAAGAACAGUAAAAGUGCCUGCCUGGCGUGA